AUGGCUUCAAACCCGCCCCACCAACCCUUCCGUUUCGACGACGAAGUCGCCAUCGUCUCCGGGGCAGGUUCUCGAAUGACCGGUGAAAUUGGCAACGGCCGUGCGACAGCCAUUCUGCUCGCCCGCCAAGGCGCCAAAGUCGCCCUCCUGGACAUCAACGCCUCCUGGGCUGAGGAGACCAAGCGCAUGAUCGACGCGGAAGGCGGCAUCUCAGCUGUUAUUCAUGCGGAUGUCACGGACGAGGCUUCAUGUAAGAACGCUGUGGCCAAGACGAUCGAGCUCUUCGGCACCGUGAGUAUCCUAGUGAACAUCGUCGGCGUAGGCGGCGCGAUGGGCGACGCGACGACGGUAGACCUCGCGGCUUGGGAGCGCGAUAUGCGCAUCAACGUCACGAGCAUGGUCUUAAUGGUCCGACACGUCGUCCCAGAGAUGCGCAGGAUCGGCCGCGGCGCGAUCGUCAAUCUAUCCUCGGUGUCUGGCUUACAAGGUGGCAAUCCGAGCCUGUUGUACCCAACCAGCAAGGGCGCAAUUAUUCAAAUGACGAGGGCGAUGGCCUCGCAGCAUGGAACGGAGAAUAUCAGGGUUAAUUGCGUGUGUCCAGGCAUGGCGUUCACGCCGAUGGUGAGGAGUCGAGGUAUCAGUGACGAAAUGAGGCAGGCAAGGGUGAACCAGAACCUGUUGAAGCAAGAGGGCACUGGAUGGGACGUGGGCUACGCUAUUCUGUUCUUGUGCAGCAAAGAGGCGAAAUGGAUCACUGGCCUUAUCAUGCCCGUCGAUGGCGGCACCACAGCAGGCAAGUCAGUCAGCGACAGGCCCGCGCUUGCGGCCGAUGUGUUGGCGGAGCAGAUGACGGGCAUACCCAACAAGGCAGAGCAUUAA